CUCCGAGCGCUCCCCAGUCCUCGCUCUUUCUCUGUGUCCCCGGCAGCUGUCACCUUCUCUCCAUCCCGUGUGCACCAUUUUCCGGGCACCGCUGCUGCUGCUGCUCCUCUUCUCCUCAUCUGCACUGAUCCGGGCGGACGCCGAGGAGGACGUUGGUGACAAUAACACCGACCUGGUCAUUGAGACUCUGGUGAAGCCGGAGUCGUGUGAGGACACGGUGGAUUGGGGAGACACCAUUCAGCUCCACUAUACGGGAAGACUUGAUGAUGGCCGCGUGAUCGAUAGCUCCCUAUCUCGGGAUCCACUUGUGGUAGAGCUUGGGAAGAAACAAGUGAUACCAGUGCCAACAUUUAUGCAGUCUGAAGUGUCCUGUUACAGUCUAUAGGUCUAGAAAAGAGCCUUCUAGGAAUGUGUGUUGGGGAGAAACGUAAAGUGGUCAUCCCCCCUCAUUUAGCUUAUGGAAAGAGAGGAUUCCCACCUUCUAUGCCAGGUGAUACAGUGCUACAGUUUGAGACUGAAGUCAUAUCACUGUCUAAGCCCACGCAGUGGCAGACUCUUGUAAAUGACGUGCUCCCCAUGCUUUGCAUUGCUUUAGUGCCCACCCUUCUCGGGCUGAUAGGUUACCAUCUCUACUCCAAGGCCAAGUCUCCGACUGUAUCGAAGAAGAAACUGAAGGAAGAAAAAAAGAACAAAGCAAAAAGGAAAUAAAAAACUGUAAUUUUCUCAAAAAAAA